AUGAUUCCGACAAAUCCGGGUUGUGGGUUUUUCCGCCACGGCGUGGCAACCAUAACGCACCCAACGAACUCGUGUCUGGCUACGAUCCUACCUACCGAAAUCGUAUCUCCUUACAGCUUAUUCGAGAUCUACCGACUUUGCGAGAAUGUUGCGGAGACUGCCAGAUGGAUCGUGACUAAAAGAAUAAAAUGUGCCUCGUGCCCCAAGCGGCGGGACUCGAGCCUGGGGUGGAACUCGGGCAAAACGACUCAACUCAGCAGCUUCAUGUGGCUUCGGUGUGUCGAGACUCUGCAACCAGUGGACACGAGACGUGAUCUGUCUCAUACUCCUGAAGACACAACUUCAUCUUCUGGACGAUCCGAUCAACCAACUUGUGUCUGCCGACGACUGUUCGUCUUGAACACCACUCAACUGUCCCACCUAAAAUAUGACAUUUUCUAA